AUGGCUAAUGGAUUGAGAAGAGAAACCUUAGCAAACUCGGAGAGAUUCUUCAAACAAAAUGGAGGUCUAUUAUUGAGGCAACAACUAUCUUUGUGUGAAGGACGAUCCGCAGAAAGUGCAAAAAUCUUUACAGCUGAAGAACUAAAGAAGACAACAAACAAUUAUGCUAAGAGCCAGAUAAUUGGUCGAGGAGGCUAUGGUACUGUGUACAAAGGAAUUCUACCCAAUAACAAAAUUGUUGCCAUUAAGAAAUCAAAAUUAGUUGAUGAAACUCAGAUCGAGCAAUUCAUAAAUGAGGUGGUUAUUCUCUCCCAAAUUAACCAUAGAAAUGUGGUAAAGCUAUUGGGUUGUUGCUUGGAGACGGAGGUUCCUUUGCUAGUGUAUGAAUUUGUUACCAACAUGUACAAUACCUUAUUCCAUCAUAUCCACGACGAAGAAUGCAAGUCUUCGAUUUCAUGGGAAAAUCGUUUGAGGAUAGCUACUGAGACAGCAGAGGUACUUGCAUAUUUGCAUUCUGUAGCUUCACCGCCGAUUAUUCAUAGAGAUAUUAAGUCUACUAACAUUCUCUUGGAUGAUAAUUGUACUGCAAAAGUUGGAGACUUUGGAGCUUCCAGGUUGAUUCCAGCGGACAAAACUCAUUUAAGUACAUUAGUUCAAGGAACUUUGGGGUAUUUGGAUCCCGAGUACUUUCAUUCAAGUCAAUUGACAGAAAAGAGUGAUGUGUAUAGCUUUGGUGUGGUCCUUGUGGAAUUAUUAACUGGAAAGAUAGCCCUAAGUUUUGAUAGACCUGAAAAUGAGAGGAAUCUAGCAAAGCAUUUUGUUACUUCAAUGAAGGAGAAUAGUGUUUGGGAGAUUUUGGAGAGUCGAGUUUUGAGAGAGGGUAACAAUGAGCAAAUCUAUGAAGUCAUGGAACUUGCAAGAAGAUGCUUAGGAGUGAAGGGGGAAGAAAGGCUAACGAUGAAGGAAGUGGCAAUGGAGCUUGAGGGCUUAAGGAAGUAUUUCAAACAUCCUUGGGUCUUACAAAACCCCGAAGAGGUGGAAAGCUUGCUGUAUGGUGAUCAACCAAUAUCAGACUUGGAUAGUCACAACAACUCCAUUAAUUAUGAUAGUUUGAGAGCUCAAGGGAUUAGACCAUUGAAUAUUGAUGGGCGAUAA